AAGAAAUUCUUAGACAGAAGCUGAGAGAAUUUGUCUCCAGCAUGUCCACACUGUAGAAAAUGCCCGCACAUGUUUCAGGAUGGAGAAAAAUGGUGACAGAUGGAACUCCAGAUGUGCAGGAAGUACUAGAGAGGAUAAACAUCCAAGUAAAUAAAAACAGCUUUUCUUCAGGGCUAUUUUGUCCUUUAAAAUACCGUUAAUCAUUUAAGCAAAAAUACUAUUUGUUGUGCAGUUUAUAGAAUACAUAAAAAUGUAAUUUUAUAGCCUACAUACAUUAUAAUAUACAUACAUGAUAUAAUACACAUACAAGGUGGGGAGGAGGCCAAAUAUAGAAAUCUGAGACAGGUGUAUGUUGGAUUAAACCAAUAGGAGCCAAUGGAUUUAAGAAAACAAACAAGAAUUGCUCUAGAGAAAUGGCACAAAUAGGAACCAGGAAGGGACCGUGUGCCCACAUCACACUUGACCCCGGGCAGGGAUAUAAGGGCUUCUGGCGCAGGAGGCUCCACACCUGAACACAUUCCUCUCUACCUGCUCCUCUGACCAAACCCAUCUUUAACCCACCAGAAUCAUGGGCUGCUGUGGCUGUUCUGGAGGCUAUGGGGGCUGCGGCUCCAGCUGUGGGGGCUGUGGCUCCAGCUGCUGUGUGCCCGUUUGCUGCUGCAAGCCUGUGUGCUGCUGUGUGCCAGCCUGUUCCUGCUUUAGCUGUGGCUCCUAUGGGGGCAGCAAGGGGGGCUGUGGCUCCUGUGGGGGCAGCAAGGGGGGCUGUGGCUCCUGUGGUGGCUUCCAGUCCACCUGCUGCAAGCCCAGCUGUUGCUAGUCCAGCUGCUGCAAACCUUGCUGCUGCUCUUCGGGCUGUGGGCAAUCCUACUGCCAGUCCAGCUGCUGCAAACCCAGCUGCUGCCAGUCCAGCUGCUGUGUCCCUGUUUGCUACCAGUGUAAGAUCUGA